AUGGAGAUUCGUGCUCAGAUAGCCAGGCUGAGGCCUGAGUGUGCCAAGGCUGGACAGGCAGAUGAGGUCCAGUAUGUCUUCAAUCUCACUCGUGCUACCGAUGUUGAUCCGGAGGAGGUAGCCGACAAGUUCGCUGAAGCCCCUCUCCUGCCGAGAAGUCGCGUUUGGACACCGGCUGUUCCCCCGGUGCCCGCUCCAAAAGACCCUCAACA